AUGCUCGCGAUGCACAACACAAGCAUACAAUCCUCUCACAUCCCACAGUCUCAUUUCGCGCACAAUCACCAAUCAAGGCCGAACUCGAGGACUGGCAGUCAGCACUCCAGCGGUUCGGUCACCUCGCGCCCGAAACAGCGGAACACCCACAAGAAGUCAUCGAGCCAACGUGCAGAGGCUGAUGACACCGGCUCCACACAGUCGAAGCCUAUGAAGCAACAGCAGCCGGGUCUCCUCACACUCAGCCAGCCCAUUGCUGCCAACUCUGCUGAAAGUUCAAGCAAGCGCAAAGGCAAAGCUGCCAGCAGACCUGAUGCAGCUACAGCAAGUGGGUCCAAAGUCGACGUUCAUAUCAAUGUUGCUCUGACAGACGAGAAAGACAUCACCGGUGGCGCAUCGACCAAAAGCUCCAAACGCAAGAGCAAGAAGGCGCCUCCUCCCCGUCUCCUUGACAGCCACGGGAAAGACGCUGCGCUUGUAGGUGUCACCGGAUCCAUCUUGUCGCAGUCAGCGCCGUCUGCUGCAACACCGCUUGCGUCCGCCUCUGUCUCCGAAAAGAACGCUCUUGCAGAAGCCGGGAAUGGAGGUCUGACUUGGCAGCAAGAGCUACUGAGUGGAGGCAAAGCACGCAAUCCGGAGACGGUAUCUUUGCGCAGCGUCAAGAAGAAUAACAGCGUAAAGCGGCCGGCUGCUGCCCCUGCUGGUACGUAUGCUUUGCGGUCUCUCAUUCCUACACUUUUCCAGCUGACACAUGCGCCUGGGUCUUCCUGCCACUUCAGCGAACGAGAAGGUGAAAUCUGCUGGAGCCAAGGACCUGACUUGGCAACAGGCUUUGUUCAAUCAGCCAAGGUCAUCUGGUCCUCACUACGAUUUCUUUGCAGAUGAUCGGGACGCAGCGACUUUUGGCUCCGGAGACGAGCGCGCCGUAUCUGCUGUACCUGGGCGCAGACGUCGUGCGGACAGUCUUGGGGCCUCAUCGCGGUCUAAAGGCACAAACGCCAAGGGCGCCAAGCGACCAUCUGCUCUCGCUGCCACCGACAACCUGCUUGUUGAUGAUGUCUUCGACAACUCGCGUUCGCCGGCUCGCUCUGCGCGAAAAGGCGUGAGUGUGAGCGCGGCCGCAGCGCCUUCAACAGCGCCGCGCACCCCAAAUACCCACAAGAACAAGGGCACACUGUUGGCUGCGCACCAAUCCCCUGUCAAUGGCAGAGCCUCUGCUUCGUCGCCCAUAUCGUCUUCGACGGCAGCUGUUGCUGUUGCCUACGCCGGGCCCAACUUUCACAACUCUCCCUCACCCAACAGUCUGCCCGCGCCCAAGUUCAAUUCGAAGCUGAGAAGCAGUGCCCUCGCCUCUGAAGGUCUCAAGGGCUCAUCGUCCGCUUCUGGUGGGGAGACGGAGAGUAGCGAGGACGAAUCUGGUGCGAAAAUCAAUGGUGCCAUGCCGAGGCAAGAAUCACCCUCCCCGGAAAAAGAGAAGACCAAACACACAUCGAGUCUGGCGCCGCCUUCGACAAGUCGUGCUUCUGGUGCCGCUGCCGAUCGGAGCGCUACCAUCGAGAGCCUGCUCGCUCGCAUGAUGGCGCCUCCACGCUCAGCGGGCAUUUGA